GGAGCCGGAGGGGCCCAAUGGGAGUGGCGCCCGGUCGCCCCGCCCCGCGCCGCCGGACGUCUGUGCCGGGACAUGGCCGCCGCCGGUGCCGGCUCCUGGAGCUGAGCACCCGCCGCAGGGAGCCAACCGCCGCCCUCAACCGUCCGCGCGGGCGGGCCGAGGCGCCGCCGGGCCAGCGAGGAGCCGCGGAGGAGGAGGCACCAGCGGGAGGCCGGCGCGGCCGCCGUAGCCGGGCACAUGGCGUCCAUCUUACUGAGGAGCUGCCGCGGCCCGCCUGUCCGCCUCCCGGCGUCCGGCGCUGCCGCCCGGAGGGGUGGCCUGGGCGAGCACGCGUGUCUCAGCUGCGCCGGCACCCUGGGGCUGAGAAGCCACGCGCGCUGCUCCCCUGUCCCGCUGGGCUGGGCCCCCCUGCACCCCAAGUACUUCUGCUUCGGAGGCGACCCCCUGGGCCGCCGGACGCCGAGGCUCCAGCGCGCAGCCGCGGUGGCCCGAGUGCAGUGGGCGCCGGGCUCAGGGGGCCUGCUGGGCCCCGCGCCACGGCUGCUGCCCGCACGCUGCUGGCACGCGUCGCCCCCGCGGGGUGACGACUCGGUGGUGGAGAAGUCGCUCAAGUCCCUGAAGGACAAGAACAAGAAGCUGGAGGAGGGGGGCCCGGUGUACAGCCCGCCCACGGAGGUGGCCGUGAAGAGGUCGCUGGGGCAGCGGGUCCUGGACGAGCUGCGGCACUACUACCACGGCUUCCGCCUGCUCUGGAUCGACACCAAGAUCGCCGCGCGCAUGCUCUGGCGCAUCCUCAACGGCCACACCCUGACCCGGCGCGAGCGCCGCCAGUUUCUCCGGAUCUGCGCCGACCUCUUCCGCCUGGUGCCCUUCCUCGUCUUCGUGGUGGUGCCCUUCAUGGAGUUCCUCCUGCCCGUCGCUGUGAAGCUCUUCCCCAACAUGCUGCCCUCCACGUUUGAGACCCAGUCCAGCAAGGAGGAGAGGCUGAAGAAGGAGCUGCGGGUCAAGCUGGAGCUGGCCAAGUUCCUUCAGGACACCAUCGAGGAGAUGGCCCUGAAGAACAAGGCAGCCAAGGGGAACGCCACCAAAGAUUUCUCCGUGUUCUUCCAGAAGAUCCGGGAGACCGGGGAGAGGCCCAGCAACGAGGAGAUCCUGCGCUUCUCCAAGCUGUUCGAGGACGAGCUGACGCUGGACAACCUGACGCGGCCGCAGCUGGUGGCGCUGUGCAAGCUGCUGGAGCUGCAGUCCAUGGGCACCAACAACUUCCUGCGCUUCCAGCUCACCAUGCGGCUGCGCUCCAUCAAGGCCGACGACAAGCUGAUCGCCGAGGAGGGCGUGGACAGCCUCAACGUCAAGGAGCUGCAGGCCGCGUGCCGGGCGCGGGGCAUGCGGGCCCUGGGCGUCACCGAGGACCGCCUGCGGGACCAGCUGAAGCAGUGGCUGGAGCUGCACCUGCACCAGGAGAUCCCGACCUCGCUGCUCAUCCUGUCCCGGGCCAUGUACCUGCCGGACACCCUGUCGCCCGCUGACCAGCUCAAGUCCACGUUGCAGACCCUCCCGGAGAUAGUGGCGAAGGAGGCGCAGGUGAAGGUGGCUGAGGUGGAGGGGGAGCAGGUGGACAACAAGGCGAAGCUGGAGGCCACGCUGCAGGAGGAGGCGGCCAUCCGGCAGGAGCUCCAGGAGAAGGAGCUGCAGAGGCUCUCUGAGGCUAAGGAAGCAGCACCGCAGGUGGCAGAAGCUGUCCCUGGGAGGCCCGUGGCCGAGCUGCAGCCGGAAGCCCCAGACGUGGUCCUGCCAUCAGAGGCCCUGAAGGACACGGCCCCCGUCCUGCAAGGCGUGCAGGGAGAGGAGAUCACCAAGGAGGAGAUCGACCUCCUCAGCGACGCCUGCUCGAAGCUCAAGGAGCAGAAGUCGUCCCUGACGAAGGAGAAGCAGGAGCUGGAGCUGCUGAAGGAGGACGUGCAGGACUACAGCGAGGACUUGCAAGAGAUCAAGAAGGAGCUCUCUAAGACGGGCAAAGAGAUGGAGGUGGAGGAGUCCAAAGCCAGCAAGCGGCUGACCAAGCGGGUGCAGCAGAUGAUCGGGCAGAUCGACGGGCUCCUGGCGCAGCUGGAGGCCGACCAGCAGGCCGGCAAGCUGGGCGCAGCCACCCCAGGCUCGCCCGAGGGGGAGACCGUCAUCAGCGUCGGCGAGCUCAUCAGCGCCAUGAGGCAGAUCAAGCACAUUCCGGAGAGCAAGCUCGUCAGCCUGGCCUCGGCGCUGGACGAGAACAAGGACGGCAAGGUCAACAUCAACGACCUCGUCAAGGUGAUCGAGCUGGUGGACAAGGAGGACGUCCACAUCUCCACCGGCCAGGUGGCCGAGAUCGUGGCGCUGCUGGAGAAGGAGGGCAAGGUGGAGGAGAAGGCCAAGGCCAAGGAGAAGGCGGAGAAGGAGGCCGCCGAGGUGCAGGGGUAGCCGCCCGCGGCCCGGCCCCGGCUGCUGCGAGGCGACCCCUGGGGACGCGGCCAGUGUUUGUCUGGAAUAAACCAGAAGCGCCCGUCAUCAAGUAACUUAGUUUUCGCCAUUCCACGGAGAGUCGGCCUGGACCCCCAGCCCCCGGGAGCCGUGUCUACAGCGUCCUCACUGCGGCCGCCCCGGGAGGAGCGAGGACCCGCCCUCGGCCCCGGCAGGACGUCCAGUCGGCGGCUCGCACGCCCGGGACGCGGUGUCGGCGGGGUCGCGGGCGCGUCUCCGGAGACCCGGCUGCCGAGGAGACGCCGGACCGCGCUCUGGCGGGGCCGUCGGUGCCCGUGCAGGCUUCCGCUCCCUGUCGUGUCGGCCCCUCCAGGUCGGUCGGCGCGUGCCUCCGCCUAACCCCGCACUGACUAACAGGCACAGCGGCCCCCACGGCCGGCCCCACUCGCGUCCCAGAUGUAAAGUGGGGCCGUGGCUCCAAUGAAGCCGUGAGAACGAA